GAGUAUAUAUUUACUGAUAAAAACUACUCGUUGACUAAAAUUUGAUAUUUUAUACUCAACGUAUUAAGGAACUGAUCAGUGAUAAUCAAAACGUUGACGUGUCUGCUACGUGGAUAAAAUUUAUUUCAAAGUAAAGUAGAAAAGGAAGAGAAUAGUAUAAUAAUGCUAAAGUCACUCUGGAUUGGAAUUGCAUUUGCUUUAAUCGCGGUUUCCGCGGAGCCUGCAAUUGACAAUGAAGAAAUUGCCGGUGACAAUUUUGUCGAAGACGCUGUUGUUGAAGAUGAAAAUAAUAAUUAUAAUGGUAAAGAUGAUUUUAAAAACGUAGACACAAACAUUCCGGGAUUUGAUAAGGGAUUACCUACACCCGAAGAAUUCUUAGAGAUGCUCGAGUCGAUGAAUUUGUCGGAUGAAGAAAAAGCUAAUUUGCAAGAUGCUAUUAUGAAUAACGCAAAUAUGGAUCAAAUACUUGGACGCGCACCAUCUGCUGGGAAACCUUUCUUCUCUCAACUGGUUGUGUUGCUCGGGUUAUUGAGUAUUGUUGCUGUUAUUUUUGUCUUCUUUGGGUAUAAACUAUACAAGAGUUUGAUCGACAAGGAACGGAAACGAGAAAUGAAGAAGAAAUUAAAAGAAAUGAAGAAAAAAAAAUAAUUUUUUAUCACUUACAAGUUUUUUUAUUUUUUCAUAACUGAGUAAUAAAAUAAAUAUUU